GUCUCUUUCACUUUCGGGGAACAGUUUCCUAGUGAGGAGCCUUGUUCAAGGACACACACUCCAGUGGGCACCAUAGAAGAGUAGGGUCUCCUCUACCAGUAUCAAACUCCCAUUCCCAGAGCAGAAAUAUUUGGCAGAGAUGAGAAGCCCCUGGUCUCCUGGUUGAAACAACAGAAGAGAGUCUUGAAGCAAUAAGAACACAAUCUGUUCAGAGAAGCAGUAUCCAAGGGCUCUACCACCAUGGAAAAAUCUCAGUCCAAGCAGGAAAGUAGCACAAAGGUAGCGCAGCAUGAGGGUCAACGAGAUGUGGACCCGACCUUCAAAACAUGGAGACAAGUAGAGGUAGAGAUGCUGAAGCCAGAGGGACACUUGAAGCUAGGGGCCAUUCCAAAAGUACAUAUGAAACAAGAAGACGAGACUCUUUACCCCACAUGGUCAAUGAAAAGGGAGAAUUUGUUCCAAAAGUUGACAAACCUACUACUCUUCCAAAAAUUGUGCACAAGAGGCUCAGAAAACUUGUUCAGGAAUAGUUGGUAUCCAUGUGCACCAGAAGAAGGAGGGCAUAUGAUUAAGAUCAAAGACUUAUUUAGUCCAAACAGAGGUACCCAUAAAAAGCCUCAAUUAGUCAUAAUAGAGGGGGCUGCUGGGAUUGGGAAGUCAACACUGGCCAGGUUGGUGAAGAGAGCCUGGAAGGAAGGCCUGCUCUACAGGGAUCGCUUCCAGCAUGUCUUCUUCUUCAGCUGCAGAGAGCUGGCCCAGCACAAGCAGCUGAGUCUAGCUGAGCUCAUAGCACAAGGCCAGGAAGUGCCCACAACUCCCAUCAGGCAGAUCCUGUCUCACCCUAAGAAGCUGCUCUUCAUCUUGGAUGGCAUAGAUGAGCCAGCAUGGGACUUGGAGGAACAGAAUCCUGAGCUAUGUCUGCACUGGAGUCAAACACAACCUGUGCACACUCUGCUGGGCAGUUUACUAGGGAAAUCCAUCCUCCCUGGGGCUUCCUUAUUGCUCACAGCUCGGACCACAGCUCUACAGAAGCUUAUUCCUUACUUGGGGCAGCCACGUUGGGUGGAAGUCCUGGGGUUCUCUGAGUUGGAACGGGAGGACUAUUUCCACAAAUAUUUUGUGAAGGAGUGCGAUGCAAUUAAUGCUCUUACAUUGGUGGUAUCUAACCCAGUGCUCCUGACCCUGUGUGAGGUUCCCUGGAUGUGCUGGUUGGUCUGCUCUUGCCUGAAAAAGCAGAUGGAGCAGGGUGGAGUCUUCUCACUGACCUCACAGACCAUCACAGCCCUCUGCCUGAAAUACCUUUCCCUGACAAUCCCAAGGCAGCACAUGAGGACCCAUCUCAGAGACCUCUGCUCAUUGGCUGCUGAAGGCAUCUGGAAAAGAAGGACCCUGUUCAGUGAGAGCGACCUCUGUAAGCAAGGGUUAGCAGAGGAUGCCAUUGCCACUUUCCUGGAGACUGGUGUCCUUCAAAAGCAGCCCAGCUCUCCGAGCUACAGCUUUGCCCACUUGUGCCUCCAGGAGUUCUUUGCAGCCAUGUCUUACAUCUUGGAGGAUAGUGAGGAAAGAUGUGGUGAUGUGGAAUUCAAAAGAACUGUGGAAACACUGAUAGAAGUGUAUGGAAGACAUGCCCUGUGUGAGGUACCCACUAUACGCUUUCUAUUUGGUCUUGUGAAUGAACAGGGAAUGAGAGAAAUGGAAAAGAUCUUUGACUGCAAACUGCCUUUGACAAAGUCAAAGCUGCUAUGGAGCAUCCUAGGGAACCCACCCUAUCAACAACAUCAUCUGGGUUUGCUCCACUGUCUGUAUGAGAAUCAGGAAGAGGUGCUCCUGACAUAUGUGUUACAUAAUUUUCACUUAACAGGGCCUGACACAAAUUACAUGGAAUCCAGAGUGUUGCAGACAAAUGUGAAGCACCUGGUGGUACAGACAGACAUGGAUCUCAUGGUGGUCACUUUCUGCAUUAAGUUCUGCAACCAUGUGACGAGUCUUCAGGUGAACAUGAAAGGACAGCAGGGACAUAAGCUGACAGUCGCCAGGAUGGUUCUGUACAGGUGGACCCCAAUCACUGAUGCCAGUUGGAAGAUUUUCUUCUUCAAUCUAAAAUUCAACCCCAACCUGGAGAAGCUGGACCUAAGUGGAAAUCCACUGAGCUACUCUGCAGCAUGCAGUCUUUGCAAGGCCCUGAGAUACCCUGGCUGCCAACUAAAGACCUUGUGGCUUGUUGAAUGUGGCCUCACAUCCACAGCCUGCUCACUCCUGGCCUCAGUGCUCAGUGCCAGCUCCAGCCUGACUGAGCUGGACCUGCAGCUGAAUGACCUGGGUGAUGAUGGUGUGCAGCUGCUGUGUGAGGGGCUCAGGAAUCCUGCCUGCAACCUCAACAUCCUGUGGCUGGACCAGGCCUCUCUCAGUGAAGAAGUGAUUACAGAGCUCAGGACCCUGGAGGCAAAGAAUCUGAAGUUGCUCAUCUCCAGAGCAUGGAAGCCACAUGUGACUGUCCCUACUAUGAACAUGGAUAAAGAAGAAGUGGGUGAUAGCCCGGCCAUACUGAAGCAGCAGAGACAACAGUCAGGAGACAAACACAUGGAACCUCUGAGAACUGAAAAUGACUUCUGGGGCCCUACAGGACCUGUGGCUACUGAGGUGGUUGACAGAGAGAGGAACCUGUACCGAGUUCAAUUGCCCAUGGCUGGUUCCUACCACUGUCCCAGUACAGGACUCCACUUUGUGGUGAAAAGGGCAGUGACAAUUGAGAUUGAAUUCUGUGCCUGGAGCCAAUUCCUGUACAAGACUCCCUUGCAACACAGUCACAUGGUGGUUGGACCUCUGUUUGACAUCAAGGCUGAGCAAGGAACUGUGACUGCAGUGUACCUCCCUCAUUUUGUGUCUCUCCAAGGUAACCCAGGGAAAAUUAAGGAGUAG